AAUGAAGACAACUCUCCAAAAACAAGAGUCAAGCAAGUAAAAUGGACUCUCCACAAUCCGCACCCUUGGUUCGCACCAAUCCUUUGUUAUCACUCUCAACAUUCAUCAACCGACUCGGCACAGACCUCACCACUCGUCUCGACGACGGCCGCAGACUCGCCGGCGCCCUAAUCUCCACACUCGCACCGUCGCCCCCUCGUUCGCGCACCACUGCGCCUCUUUCUCUCUCAUCGUCUUUUGCUUCCAUCGGACAAGCCAAGCAAUCACUCAACGUCGCUUCGAGUUCCAACCAUGUCGCCAAUACUCUCGCGGGAACUUCGGUUUACACAGUUAGCAAUACUAACAAUGAGUUUGUGCUGAUUUCCGACCCUAAUGAUGGGGCUAAGUCCAUUGGUUUGCUUUGUUUUCGCAAAGAGGACGCCGAGGCUUUCCUUGCUCAGGUUCAGUUGAGGAGGAAGGAGUUGCGGAGUCAGGCUAAGAUUGUUCCCAUCAGCCUUGACCAGGUAUACAUGUUAAAGGUUGAAGGAAUUGCAUUCCGCUUCUUGCCUGAUCCAGUUCAAAUUAAGAAUGCGUUGGAUUUAAAAGCAUCAGAGACUAAAAGUGGGUUUGACGGCGUUCCUGUCUUUCAGUCCGACCUUUUAGUCGUCAAGAAGAAAAAUAAGCGUUACUGCCCUAUUUUUUUCAGAAAGGAAGAUAUAGAAAAAGAACUAUCUCAGAGAUCAUCGCGAGGACGGGGCCUCUCUCAGCCCAUAGUGGUGGGGAGUUUAGAGAAUGUUUUGAAGAAAAUGGAGGUAAGGGAGAAGAAUUCUGGCUGGGACGAUUUGAUUUUCAUUCCACCUGGUAAAAGCCAUUCACAACACAUUCAAGAGGUGGCAAAAGUGUGAUGUAUAGUGCAUACUUUAUGCCCGUAGUUCUGAUUUGGGAGUAGAGGAAGCAGCAUUGAAGACUCGAGGUCUCUUUAUCUGUCAGUUGAUUAGAAAAAAUAUGAAUUGUUUUUUAUUCUCUAUAUUCAGUACUGGAUGGUUGUCAAGAUUGGCAGUUGAUUGAAAAUUUUUUACACUUCUUACAAAGAUGUAGGAUAACUGAGGUCAGUUUUCUUGAAGCAGGUUUGUCGAACGGCAGAAAUGGAUGCUGCACGCAUCAGGCCAGACUUAUACUUUUCUUUUUUGACAUAUCAGGAACGUACACAGAUAGAACAAAUUAAGGUAAUAACUGUAGAAAGGGGAUUUGGUUGGGCUGGCAUGCAGCUACUAGAUAAUGUGCUCGUCUUACCUGUUUACAGGAGACUUUGGUGACAUGACACCAAUGAACCCUUUUUACUAGUACUCUAAUGUCGUUAAUGAUCGAACUUACUGAUAUAUCCUGGAUGUGCGGAUUUGUUAGAUAACAUACCAGUAGUUACUGAAUCAAUGUGGAUCGAGAUACAUUGGUAUCCAUUCUCCUGAGGGCAGACUUGUACUUUAUCUGCGUAAUAGUUACAAUUACAUUUGUCUUAGUUAAAGUGGAUUUUGUAUCAGGAAGGGAGUUGUGCACGUCUCGGUGAACGAGAACUAAUUAUUAACUUUUUCAUUCUAA